CGCUCUUUCUACCGGAUCGCGGAUGCGCCUUCCAUUUCUCCUUCCUCUUGUUUAUGGUCCAACCCUCGUCACUCCUUAUAUACCCUUUUUAACCUUUUCUUUUUCUCCUAUUCCUUUCACCUUCCUCUUAUUUAUGGUCCGACCCUCGUCACUCCUUCUAUACCCUUUUCAUCUCUUCAUUUCUCAUUUUCCUUUCUCCUUCUUCUUGUUUAUGGUCUGACCCUCGUCAUUCGUUAUAUACCCUUUUCACCUUUUCUUUUCUCUCUUCCUUUUUCCUUCCAGUUGUUUAUUGUCCGACCCUCGUCACUCCUUCUAUAUCCUUUUCACUUUUUCUUUUUCACUUUUUUCUCAUACUUUCUCUUUCCUCUUAUUUAUGGUCCGACCCUCGUCACUCCUUCUAUACCCUUUUCACCUUAUAUACCCUUUUCACCUUCUAUCUUUUACUUUUUCUCCUAUCAUUUCUCUUUCCUCUUAUUUAUGGUCCGACCCUCGUCACUCCUUCUAUACCCUUUUCACCUUCUAUCUUUUACUUUUGCUCCUAUCAUUUCUCUUUCCUCUUAUUUAUCGUCCGAUGUCACUCCUUCCACACAUACCUAUUUCACCUUUCACUUUUACUCUUCUUAUUUAUUGUUCGACCGUCGUCGCUCAUUCCCCAUCUACCCUUUUCUUCGUUAUUUUCCUUCUUUUGAUCCAUAAACCCCCGCCACUCCUUUUGUCCGACCGUCGUCACUCUUUUACGAUAACCCCCGUCUUUCCUUUUUUUUCUAUCAUGUUCAUUCACUUUUUCCUUCUUUCCCUUGGAACUCUUCUUCCGAGCUUCGACGCUCGCCGCCCGCUCUGCACUCCGCCCCUGACACGAGGACGACCCGCACUCAAUCAAACGACGCGGCCUACUCACAGCUCUAUAACCUGUUCAUCCUUUCAUUCCAACUUCUUCUCCCCGCCGAUACUUCGCCCCGAAGGAACACUAUCGUCAAUGUGGUUCACUCGAGGCUCUAUACCCAUUUCUUCUCCAUCCAUCCGUCCAUUCAUUUCCAUUCCAUCCAUUCAUUAUCCUUUUUCACCCUCCUUGGUACCUCUUGGCGUUCCGUCUUCCUUUUCGUUCCUCGGUCGGCUUGGAGCGCCACUUAUACCUUAUGUUAAUCAUUCCUAUUCUCUAUGCCAACCAUUCUUUUACCUAUGCCAAUCAUUCCUAUUCUCUAUGCCAACUAUUCCUUUACCUAUGCCAAUCAUUCCUAUUCUCUAUGCCAACUAUUCCUUUACCUAUGCCAAUCAUUCCUAUCCUCUAUGCCAACUAUUCCUUUACCUAUGCCAAUUAUUCCUAUUCUCUAUGCCAAUUAUGUAAUAUGCAGUAAUCUAUGCCACUUCGCGAAAGAACGCGAUACAA